AAAGCCCGAAGAACGUCAGACGUGGCAUACACAUCAUCGGAGCGUGGAGCGUAGAGGAACUCGGCCGACGAGGCCCUCGAUAAGCAAGAACACCGUUGCUCAUCGAUCGAGCCCCACUCGGCGCAAGCGCUCGUUUCUCCCCGAGCAAGAGCAGAUCCGUCGAGGGGCAGCAAUGGAGCGCGAUACGAUCCGAGCUCUGGUGGUGAGGUCGCUGGGGGAUCCGAAGACGCCGCUGUCGGACAAGAAUUGCCCUGUUUCUGAGAUGCAGUGGCCGCGGCCGGCUCUGACCUCGCCGACGUCGGUGCGAGUGAAAGUGAAGGUCACGAGUGUCAAUUUCUCCACUGUGCUCCAAAUUCAGGGCCUCUAUCAGGAGAAACCCAAGCUUCCUUAUGUUCCUGGGGGCGAUUUUUCCGGAGUGGUCACGGAGGCUGGGGCGAAGGUGACGCACGUGAAAGUAGGCGACCGAGUGUGUGGAUUCGUCAACUAUGGCAGCUUCGCCGAGGAAUUCGUCGCGGAUGAGUCUGAAAUGUUCCUUAUACCGAGCGGAUGCGACUUGGUAGCUGCUGGAGCUCUUCCGGUGGCAUUUGGCACGUCUCAUAUUGCGCUUGAUCACCGUGCCAAUCUUCGUCCCGAGCAGGUCUUGCUGGUGUUAGGUGCUGGAGGUGGUGUCGGCUUAGCUGCUGUGGAACUUGGUAAAUUGAUGGGAGCCAUCGUCAUAGCCGUGGCAAGGGGCAAGGAGAAGGUCGACCUUCUGAGGUCCACUGGAGCAGAUUUCGUUCUGGAUUCAUCUGAAGAUGGGAUCAUAAAGCCAGUGCAGGCAUUUCUCAAAUCAAAAAAACUCAGAGGAGUUGACGUUCUGUAUGACCCAGUCGGUGGGAAGCAGCAUAAAGAGGCAUUAAAGCUGGUGAAAUGGGGAGGGCAGAUCCUUGUAAUCGGGUUCGCAAGUGGAGAAAUCCCCAGCAUUCCAGCUAACAUAGCACUCGUGAAGAAUUGGACAGUGCACGGGCUCUAUUGGGGAAGUUACGUUAUCCAUCAACCUCAUAUUCUUCGCGAUUCCAUGAAGCAGUUGCUGAGAUGGGCGGCAGAGGGCAAGCUCGACGUGCACAUCUCUCAUCAGUUCCCUCUUUCUCAGGCCAAUUUGGCUUUCGCAACUGUUAUGGAUAGAAAAGCCAUUGGAAAAGUGAUAUUCACUUUGGAGGACAAACCAUCCCGACUUUGAGGAUCAAAAUGCUGAUUAUAAAUUCCACCUCGAAUUGAGGUCCAAAUAGAAACUGUGCACCUCUAAUCAGAGCGCCUUACGCGGAACAUUUUUCUGGGUUGCUUUAGCCUCAGUGGCAAACAUGAGCAGAUGUGUUGAAGAUUCAAAACGAGCUCCGAAUACACAUUUCGAGUCAAAGUACAACGGUGUCACGGAUAGCCAUGCAAUACUUCUGUUAGCUAGUGUACAACAUCAAGUGCGCAAUGCUUUUGACUCACCUGAAACCAAAUAUGUCCGCUCCUCUUGCGGAUGAAUUUCAAGCAACAUAUGUAUAUAUACAAAGCUUUAUUCAGAAUUAGAGCAUGUUUCAGUAGACAAGCUUUCUGUAUGGUAAGGAUAACGUCAGAGAAUCAAUUUUGCAUUCUCCUAAUUCAUGUACAUGUUUACAUUCUGACUACUUCCGUUGUGUGCCGGAAGAAUACGACGAGGUCUGAACCUGCAAGUAUAAAGAUAAACCCUGAAUAAAGUUUCCUGUAAUAGUCUUUGU